AGCAAAUUGGUUACAUGCUCUGAGAACCGUGCUCAGGUAUUCUCAAAUUUAGAACUGGUGUGGAUUUCAGUGCUCCUAAACUGGAUAAUGAGAAUGGUGCGCUUUGCUGCUGUUCUUUUGUAUGUGCUCGGAACUUGCACUGGAGGACCUCGUAAGGGCUAUGGUCCAGGAAUGCAGGACUGGGGUUUCGUGGAAGUCCGUAAGGGCGCACACAUGUUCUGGUGGUUGUAUUACACCACAGCCGACGUACAGAAGUUCAGCGAUCGUCCGCUGAUAAUUUGGCUGCAAGGAGGCCCCGGAUCUUCUUCACAGUAUGGGAACUUCUUGGAACUUGGUCCCCAGACUCUUGAAGGCGAUGAGAGGAAUCACACAUGGGUUCGAAGCUACAACGUUCUGUUCAUCGAUAGUCCCGUGGGCGCAGGUUUCAGCUACGUGGAAGAUGAAUCACUUUUCAGGAAAACUAAUGCCGAAAUUGCUGAUGACCUACUCAUAUUCACCAAGGAGUUUUAUCGGCUAAAUCCAGAAUUCAAGCGCACAACACUACAUAUAUACACCGAAAGUUACGGAGGAAAGAUGGUACCGGAGUUUGCGUAUGUCCUACAUAACGCGAUUCAAAAAGGUGAAAUCGAUGUGAAACUAGAAUCUGUGGUGCUCAUUGCGCCUUGGGUGUCUCCGAUUGAUUCGAUUUUAUCAUAUCCCGACUUUCUUCUGAACAUGGGAUUUGUCGAUACCCAGGGGUACAAGAAGAUCCAGUUUGCAGUAACUGAAACGGAACGUAUUUUGAAUGAGGAACGAUUUGAAGAAGCUUAUUUGAAAUUGAGGGAAACCUAUCAUAUGAUCCGCCAAACUUUAGAAAUCGAUUUCUACAACGUUCUAAGGCAACCGAAAUCAGACAGUGCAAUUCGGUUAGAUUAUCGUAAUCCAAAUUUUUACAAUUCAAUGCGUGGCCAGAUUGCUAAAACACUACAACUUCCUUCGGAAUCUGUCUUCGGCGCCCAAGAAUACAAUGUAUCCAGAAGUCUAAAUGGCGAUCAUUUGAGGCCAGUAACACAUAUAGUGGAGUUGCUUCUCAACAACACCGAUGUGGAGGUAGUAGUGAUAACCGGACAGCUAGAUUUUAUAAUCGCUACACCAGGAAAUGUUGCUUGGUUGGAUAAACUUCAAUGGAAAGGAAGGAGUGGAUAUCUGGAGGCACCAAGAAUCGGUGUGGGCCCCCAUGGUCUACUGGAAGGGUAUCAGAAAAGCUUCGGAAAAUUGUCCGUAUACUGGGCUCUACGUGCCGGUCAUCUGGUACCCGUGGACAAUCCUUUUGUGAUGGAUUACGUUUUACGGAAACAUGCUCGUUAUUAGUAAUUGGGAAUGGUUGUUACGUGUUACAAGUACACUGUUUCGAGUUCAUAUCAGAAUCACUUAUUUUAUUUCUUCGCUUGCCUUAAAAUUUGUGAGAGAAAGAAGAAACAUUGGGUUUUCCGAAAGGUCUGUCCGUUUUUAGAAUAAAGCCAUAAUAAUUAUUUUUUGGUACUUCUUUACACUACGCAUACCGAGAAUGAUGUUUCUAACUAGUGAAAAUAAACUUGUGUUGAAGUCCGUCGAUGUUCAUACGAAUGUGCGUUAAGAUGCUCACUUGCAUCAAUACGCACUCAUUUCGUUGAAAGUCAGAGUAGACCUGGAAUUGAAAGAAACGACUUUGGACCCAUCAGUCUGACCCAAAAGGAAUCUUCUUUAGGGAAUCCAAAUCUGAAGAAAUCAAUCGGGAUUCUGAGGUACUGAUGAAAAAUCCACAAACUGAC